GACAAUCCACUGCCCCCGAGGCAGCCACUAAAAUUAGCGGAAAAAUCAAAACAAGAAUAUAUAUUUAUAUAUAGGAACGCUUUCCCAAGAUAAUAAUAAGAUACGAUAAAAAUAAGUGAAAUAUAUAAGCCAAUAUAUAUAUAAGCCAUAAAACAGUGUUUUUUACACCAACAAAGUGCCAUAAAAUUUGGCACAGUGCGUUGUUUGUGCCAUCGUCUUAUAUAAGGCGUUGAUAAAGAACCCGGAAGACGGCCGAGUCUCGAAUGGAUUCGGAAAAGGUGGUCCGCGCAAUGGCUCGCUGGUGGCAGACUGUUAGCCAAGAGGAUGGAGACUCUCGCAAUCCAAUCACUUACGAUCUCCUGCAGGAAGGCGUGUCGAAGACUUCGAAGACUCGUCAAUAUGUGGCUGCCAUGAUAAUUUGCUUGGGAGCGGUGGCUGCCGGUACUGCGUUGUCCUGGACGGCUCCUGUGUUCGACCAGAUAUCUGCCGGAAAUGUAACAACAAAUGAAACCAGUUCCUCUUCUAAUAUUUCCACCUCGACUUCCACUGAAAAUGACAUUCGACUGACCGAGUCGCAAAAAACAUGGGUUAGUUCAAUGUUGCCCAUAGGAGCCCUUCUUGGAUCUCUACCCUCUGGAUAUAUAGCGGAUACCAUCGGCAGACGUUAUACUGCCAUGGUCAUGGACGUUCCCUUCAUUUUGGCAUGGAUUUCGAUCAGUUUCGCUAAUUCUGUCGGCUGGCUGUAUUUGGGAAGAUUUUUGAUCGGUAUAUCUACUGGAAGCUUCUGCGUGGUGGCUCCCAUGUACAUUUCGGAGAUCGCAGAGACCAGCAUUCGUGGCAGCUUGGGUACUUUGUUCCAGCUGCUACUCACGAUCGGUAUCCUGUUCAUCUAUGUAGUGGGAUCUUUAGUCACAUGGAGAACUCUCAGCAUGCUCUGCCUUGCCAUACCCAUUUUCCUCUUAAUUGGUCUUCUCUUCCUGCCUGAAACUCCAGUUUAUCUUCUAAAGAGGGGAAAACGCUCCGAGGCCAAUCGCGCACUGAAAUGGUUGUGGGGUGAUUACUGCAACACCAAUAGCGCCAUCCAGGUGAUCCAGAACGACCUGGAUCAGACUGGAGCGGACGCCUCCAUUAUGGAUCUGUUCAGCAAUCGCGCCUCUCGCAAGGGUAUGAUAAUCUCGGUGCUCCUGAUGUUCUUCCAGCAGUUCUCUGGAAUCAACGCGGUAAUCUUCUUUAUGAACGACAUCUUCAAGUCGUCGAACAGCACCUUGGACGCUUCCACCUGCACAAUAAUUGUGGGCGUUGUUCAGGUGAUCAUGACCCUAUGCUCCUCCUUGCUGAUCGAGAAGGCCGGACGUAAGAUACUCCUACUCUUCAGCAGUACGGUGAUGACAGUGUGCCUGGUCAUGCUGGGUGCCUUCAACACGUUGCAGAGGCACACGGAGAUUUCGAAGUCCAUUGGAUGGCUGCCCCUGGCCUGCGUGGUGCUCUUCAUCGUUAGUUUCUCGGUGGGCUACGGCCCCAUUCCCUGGAUGAUGAUGGGCGAGCUCUUCAUGCCGGACGUGAAGGGCACCGCCGUAUCCCUAAGCGUGAUGGCCAACUGGAUAUGCGUGUUCCUGGUGACUUGGCUCUUCGGUCUGUUGAAGGCCGGCGGACUCGAUGUGCCCUUCUGGUUCUUCAGCGGCUGGAUGGCGGUGGCCACUGCCUACGUGGCGAUCGCUUUGCAGGAGACGAAGGGCAAGAGUGUCAGCCAAAUUCAGAACUGGCUGAGCGGUCGUUAGGGAUUCCAAGGUGGUUCCUAUCCCUUAGGUUAUUCUAGCUGAAUGCCAUUGAACUCGUAGGUGAAUAAGCAGACAACGCCAAAAAGUAAUGUAGGAGUUUGUGGGGAGUUUAGUUUAGGAACUGUGCUAAAAAAGAAGAUUAAAGUGACUUUCAAAAAUGAAAUAGUUUUCAUUUCUGAAAAGUUGUUUCUUUGAUUUCAGUUCAGAACAAAAGGACAUUUGUUACUACAUCGAGGUCCGAUAUAUAUAUAAAACUUUUCAAAUCGGAUCUAAGAGCAAAUUGAAGAAUUAAACUUAUUGAUGUCCCACAAUGUUCAUAGUGUUUAAAGUGUCACUGACUUUAGAGUAGUUCAAUUAGUUCCUAAGUACCUCUAACUAUUUAAGAAUCGAGUUUCAUCCUGUUUUGUGCUCUUUACUUUUGUAUAAACUUCCUGCUGUAUGUAAAUGUACGUUAAGAUGGCAAAGACAUAUACCUAAACAUAUACUUACGUGUACUAAUCAUAAUCAAUGUACAUAUAUUUGAUAAUAAAAGUAAACUGUACAGAA